AUGGCUACCAGUAAUGGUAAAUGGGGAAAAAGAUUGAUAUCAUAUGCUGAAAUACCUUCUUGGGCACACGACAAUGAUUUCAUCUUGAGUGGUUAUCGAGCUCCAGGAGGAACACACGACUCAUUCUGGAAAUGCUGGGAAAGUGUUUGGCUAUAUUUGCACAAUGAAACAGUCAACAUUCAUACACAUCUGUGGGGUGCAAUCCCUGCAAUCACUGCUCCUUUAGCAUUGAAUGCCCUUAUAACGACCCCUGGACAUGAAUCUUUGUUUCCUUGGCACGAUGUUCGAGCACGCGAUAACACAUACGCUGAUUGGCUUGGUUAUGCUUCUUAUCUGGCAGGUGCAAUCACUGUUUUAACGUGCAGUGCAACUUUCCAUACCUUGCAUUGUCAUUCGGAAAAAGUGUCAAAAUCGUACAAUAAGCUCGACUAUAUCGGAAUUGUGGCAAUGAUCGUUGGAAGCUUCUUGCCAAUGAUUCAUUAUGGUUUUCAUUGUCAUCCCAAUUUGCAAUUAUUGUAUAGCGUAAUGAUUGUAACUUUGGGAGGUGCGGCAGCGUAUACUGUCUUGGCCCAAAAGUUCAGUUCACCGGCUUAUCGACCAAUUCGAACAAGCGUUUUUAUUGCUUUGGGUUUGAGUGCCAUCUUUCCGGUAACGCAUAUUUUGGCAAUGUAUGGACACGAGACCGUUACACGUACGAUGGGAUUACAUUAUUUAGUGGCAGGUGGGGCUCUGUAUAUCGUUGGAGCAUGCAUGUAUAUGGCAAGAAUUCCCGAAAGGUUUUCGCCUGGAACAUUUGACCUUUUUGGAGCAUCACAUCAAAUCUUUCACAUUCUCAUCUUGUUUGCCGCUUUUUGUCAUUAUAUCAGCAUUCGAAGGGCUCAUGUAUUUUGGCAUACUGUUGAAGCAGUCACUUCUGGUCCUGGUACCGCAACUGAAGCUGUCUGUCAAGCUUUCGAGAUUCUACGUUUUUCAACGACAAAACAAUAG